AUGCAACAGAAGAAAUAUGCUUUUUUUGAUCCACUUGGCUUCUCAAUUCUCAAUGAAAUUGAUAUUCAACAUAUUGAAAAUGGAAUCAAUGAUAUUAUUCGAAAUGAAAUAAAUUAUCAAAAUCAAGUUUCGGCAACAACAAGACCAACUUCAACAAUUACUUCAUCAUUAUCUUCAUCAACAACAGAAGCUGCUUCCUCCUCCUCGUCAUCAUUAUCAACAACGACAGCUACUUCAUCAUCAUCCUCAAAAAUCGAGCCAAAACCAUCAACACUUGAUGAAUUUUUAGUUGCUUGUGGAGAAUCUCAAAUUAGCGAUAGUCAAAACGUAAACAGCGCAAGAUUAACACUUGAUGAAGAACUACUGUAG